CGGGCUUAGCGAGGCAUCAGUGCACCGCCGCCGGGGCUGGGGCCGGGGCUGGAGCUGUCAUUGGAACUGGACGCGGCGGACCUGAAGCUGGGCCGGGGCGGAGCGCCGCGCUGCGCCGGGGCCGCAAGGAGGGGUGUGUUGCUGCCGGCCCACCGCGAGCCGCCCCCAGCCCGCGCCGAGGUGCCCUCCUGCCAGGCCGCCUGCCUCCGCCUUCCGCCUCCCUCCAUUUCCCCGGAAUUUCAGCCCGGCGCGCCUGCACCCCGGCCCUUCUCUGGGUGGGGAAGCUCCGGGCCGCUUUCCGGCUUCACUCCUUCCUCGCAGGCUGGGCUCCCAGCCCCCUCUCUUCUUUUCCUGGAUUGGCUCCCACCCCUUUCGUUCCCCUUCCUUUAGCUCGGGCUCCCUGCCCCUUCCCUUAGCUGAGUCCCAGCUCCUCAGUCACUUUCCUCAGCCAAGGGUCCCAGCCUUCCCUCCUCCUUUUCCUUGCCUGGGGUCCAGCCUAUCCUGUCCCUUCCUCUGUCUCUAGGGUGCAGUCUCUUCCCCCACCCCUUUUUCCAGGCCUGGAGUUCCAGACCUUUUAGUCUCUUCCUGUGGUCCUUUCUGGGUCCUUGUCCCCUUUCCCUAGUUUGGAGUUCUCCAUUGCAAACCCAGCCUCCCUCCAUUCCCAGAGAUCUGCUUCCACACAAUUACCUCUCUAAAACAUGAACUUUUCCUAGGAACUGCCCCAGACUGUCUCCUACCUGCUGACCCCUUGCUACCUAUGUCCCAGGUCUUACUCUCACUUUGCUGACGGUCAAGGCCUGCUGAGCCAAGGGAUCAGCAUGAUGCCUCUGUGGUCGGGCAUCUGUGGCCGCUCUCCCCCACGAAUCUUCCCUUCAUUGCUCAUGGUGGUAGCCUUGGUGGGGUUGCUUCCGGUUCUCAGGAGCCAUGGCCUCCAGCCCAGUCCUACUGCCAGCACCAUCCGAGGCUCAGAGCCACCACGGGAACGCUCUAUUGGGGAUGUCACCACCGCCCCACCGGAGAUUCCCCCCGAGAGCCGGCCUGUUAAUCAUUCCGUCACUGAACACAGCAUGAAGACUCGAAAGGCCUUUCCAGUCCUGGGCAUCGACUACACACAUGUGCGCACACCCUUUGAGAUCUCGCUCUGGAUCCUGCUGGCCUGCCUCAUGAAGAUAGGUUUCCAUGUGAUCCCCACUAUCUCCAGCAUCGUCCCGGAGAGCUGCCUGCUGAUCGUGGUGGGGCUGCUGGUGGGGGGCCUGAUCAAGGGCGUGGGCGAGACGCCCCCCUUCCUGCAAUCGGACGUCUUCUUCCUCUUCCUGCUGCCGCCCAUCAUCCUGGACGCGGGCUACUUCCUGCCGCUGCGGCAGUUCACAGAGAACCUGGGCACCAUCCUGAUCUUCGCCGUGGUGGGCACACUGUGGAAUGCCUUCUUCCUGGGCGGCCUCAUGUACGCCGUGUGCCUGGUGGGCGGCGAGCAGAUCAACAACAUUGGCCUUCUGGACAACCUGCUCUUUGGCAGCAUCAUCUCAGCCGUGGACCCCGUGGCCGUGCUGGCCGUCUUUGAGGAAAUUCACAUCAAUGAGCUGCUGCAUAUCCUUGUCUUUGGGGAGUCCCUGCUCAAUGACGCCGUCACUGUGGUCCUGUAUCAUCUCUUUGAGGAGUUUGCAAACUACGACCGAGUGGGCAUCGUGGACAUCGUCCUUGGCUUCCUGAGCUUCUUCGUGGUGUCCCUGGGCGGGGUGUUUGUGGGCGUGGUCUACGGGGUCAUCGCAGCCUUCACGUCCCGAUUCACCUCCCACAUCCGUGUCAUCGAGCCGCUCUUCGUCUUCCUCUACAGCUACAUGGCCUACCUAUCAGCCGAGCUCUUCCACCUGUCGGGUAUCAUGGCACUCAUUGCCUCGGGAGUGGUGAUGCGCCCCUACGUGGAGGCCAACAUCUCCCACAAGUCCCACACGACCAUCAAAUAUUUCCUGAAGAUGUGGAGCAGUGUCAGUGAGACCCUCAUCUUUAUCUUCCUCGGCGUCUCCACGGUGGCUGGCUCCCACCACUGGAACUGGACCUUUGUCAUCAGCACCCUGCUCUUCUGCCUCAUCGCCCGAGUGCUGGGUGUGCUGGGCCUGACCUGGUUCAUCAACAAGUUCCGAAUCGUGAAGCUGACCCCCAAGGACCAGUUCAUCAUUGCCUACGGAGGCCUGCGAGGGGCCAUCGCCUUCUCCUUGGGCUACCUCCUGGACAAGAAGCACUUCCCCAUGUGUGACCUGUUCCUCACUGCCAUCAUCACUGUCAUCUUCUUCACCGUCUUUGUGCAGGGCAUGACCAUUCGGCCCCUGGUAGACCUGUUGGCUGUGAAGAAAAAGCAAGAAACAAAGCGUUCUAUCAACGAGGAAAUCCACACACAGUUCCUGGACCACCUUCUGACAGGCAUCGAGGACAUCUGUGGCCACUACGGCCACCACCACUGGAAGGACAAGCUCAACCGGUUUAACAAGAAGUAUGUGAAGAAGUGUCUGAUAGCCGGGGAGCGCUCCAAGGAGCCACAGCUCAUCGCCUUCUACCACAAGAUGGAGAUGAAGCAGGCCAUUGAGCUGGUGGAGAGCGGUGGCAUGGGCAAGAUCCCUUCUGCUGUCUCCACUGUCUCCAUGCAGAACAUCCACCCCAAGUCCCUGCCUGCCGAGCGCAUCCUGCCAGCUCUGUCCAAGGACAAGGAGGAGGAGAUUCGCAAAAUCCUGAGGAACAACUUGCAGAAGACCAGGCAGCGGCUGCGGUCCUACAACAGACACACACUGGUGGCAGAUCCCUAUGAGGAGGCCUGGAACCAGAUGCUGCUGCGCAGACAGAAGGCCCGGCAACUAGAGCAGAAGAUCAACAACUACCUGACGGUGCCGGCCCACAAGCUGGACUCACCCACCAUGUCGAGGGCCCGCAUCGGCUCAGACCCCCUGGCCUAUGAGCCGAAGGCCGAUUUGCCUGUUAUCACCAUCGACCCAGCCUCCCCGCAGUCUCCCGAGUCUGUGGACCUGGUGAACGAGGAGCUGAAGGGCAAGGUCUUGGGGCUGAACCGGGAUCCAGCGAGGGUGGUGGAGGAGGACGAGGAGGACGAUGGGGGCAUUGUGAUGCGGACCAAGGAGCCCUCAUCCCCAGGCACCGAUGAUGUCUUCACCCCUGGACCAAGUGACAGCCCCAGCUCCCAGAGGAUACAGCGCUGCCUUAGUGACCCAGGUCCUCACCCUGAGCCUGGGGAGGGAGAGCCUUUCAUCCCCAAGGGGCAGUAGCACUGGAGUCAGUGGGCAGUGCCCAUCCCACCACAGACUCUCCCACCAGAACAGGGGCUGCUGGGGGAGCUGGGGACUCCCCUCGUCCUUCCUGACCUGGAUUGGCCCUGCCCCUACCUUGACCGCAUGGCAGCUGGGCCCACAGCCCCAACCGCAGCACGGCUUCCCCUGCCUCCUGGGAAGCGCCCUCCCUCCCACCAGAACUGCCUUCCCAAUCCAUUUGGCAGAACUGUUGGGCUGGGAGGCAGAUUCUGCCCCUUCCUGAUCCAGGCUGUCUCCCAAACCUGGUCCAGGGCCUCUGGGAUUCCCAGCCCUCAGAGGCCUGCCUCCUACUCCGUCGCCCUUCUCAUUCAAACCAAUCUUAGUUCCUAACCAAAGAGCCUCUGGCUCAGUCUUGGUCCCACCUGGAAAGGGAAGGAGCCGAGACCUCUCUUGGCCUAGGCUGGGCCCUACAUUAACAGUGGGAAGACUAGGGGACCAGGUAUCUGACUGGGGUACGAAUCAGUGACACACGGCAGGCCCACCCUCCUCCUGCUGGCUCUGUCACCUGGCCAGCUACCCUGACCUGUCUUCACUCAGAGCUGCAGGCCGAGGGCAUAUCUGAGCUUCCCUGACUGGAGCUGGGGCACUUUGGACAGUGAUGUGACUUAGCUUUCCAGACUGCUUCCCCAGGGACCACCAGACACUUCAGGGGCUACUGUCAGGGGAGGGACUGUCAGGGGAUCCAGAAAGUGCUGCCUUUUUAUCUGUUUUGUUUGUUCACACUCCAUGUAUGAUUCAGUUUGCACAGAGGGCAUUCCUGUUUUUAAAACAUUUUGAAAACCCCUGAUUGAACAGAGCUCUGGCCCUCCUACUCCAGAGCAUUACCCCUCCUCAUUUGUGCCUGUGUGCCCAACACUCUCCCCCAGAUCAGUCCUCUGCCUCCUGGGCUCUUAAGUGUGGCCCCAAGGCCGUGAUUUUAGAAGUGACCACACACACAUCCCGAUUCAUGAUUCUCUCUAACUCACUGAUGCUGGGCCUCCUGGCACCUCCUUUGCUCUUGGGCCUGACCCUCAGUCCCUGCUGACCUGUUCUUUCUCUCAUUCCCCCCACCCACCCCCUAGGCCCCUGGACCUCUUAUGUGCCCCCAGACUCCCCCUCUUAUGUGCACCGCACCCAGCUUGCUGUGGAGCCCAGCCCUUGGGGGAGAAGGCCUUCCCCCAGCAUCUCCCACCCCACCAGGGCUGGUGGUGGGCAGAGUCCUGGGCCCUUAGGGGCCUUUGCUCACAGGCACACACUCCACCCCCACUGCCACCAUGGCCAGGCCCAGGCCUAUUGGUGUCUGUCCUUCCCCAGGAUUGUGCAAUAGUCAGAGUGCCCCUCUUCCCAGUGGACUGGGCAGUGGGUGCUCAUCUGUCCCCCUCCUCUCCGUGCAAGUGCUGUUUUGGGCAGGAGUCCCCAUGCAAGGGUGACAUUGACAACCAUGUUCAAAGCCACCACAGCUGCUGCCGCUCUGCUGCCUGUACAGAAGAAACCGAAUCUUUUUCAUAUUCUAAUAAACACGUGUGAGUUUUUAUACAGUUGAGGGCUGCUUCCUAGGGACCAGGACUUUGGGAAGGAGGGUGGCCUGGCCUGGGCGCCUGAAGGACUUAGCUCAAUGGCUAGCGCAGAGAAAUGCCUAAUCCGUGUCAGCACUGGUGUGGUUAUUGCUGUGUGCCAGGCCCUGGAGAUAACAGCAGUGGGCAAAGCAAGAUGGUCCCUGCCCUCCGGAGCCUCCGGCCUCCUGAGGAGAGAGCACUAUCCAGCAGACGUUCAUGCAGACCACGAAAAACCCAGUGUGUUUGUGAAUGACAGCAAGUGAGAGGGGGUCGGGAGUGGCAAGGAGGACUAUCCUGAGUGAUCUUAGGAAAGGACUAGAGAAUAAGCUGAGAUUGAUCAGGUGACGAAGGUUUCAGAGAGUUCCUGAAUAUUCUAAUCGGGAGCUGCACAUGCGAAGACCUUGGGAUCUGAGAAAUGACCGGUUUGGCUGGGUCAGAGAGUGACAGGAAGGGAGACAAAGAUGGGACCUUGUAAUCCUUGGCUAGAUUUUGAUUUAUACAUAAUGGCAGUGGGAAGGUUCUGGUACCUGUAAAGUGGGGACAGUAACGUGGAUGAAAGUGCUCAGAUGUGUAAGGUUCAGCACUGUGCAGGGUGCCCAAUGGGCUCAGUUCAGUGGAGGUUGGAUCCCUGAGGUGCAUUUCCAGGAGCUGACCACCAGAGGGCAGUGGGGCCUUGGCACACGCCCCAGGCACCCUUGGAAGGUGGGCUGUCCAGGAAAUCAUCUUGUUUGCUUCGACUGGGAGUCAGGAGUGGUCAGUGCAAAAGGACUGUAGGGAAGGACCAUGCCAUCCGUUCCUGUGGCAAUCGAUGUCUCAACAAGAAACAGACGAUACACCCAAAGGGAUACUGAAGAGCCUUCAACUAAAGGAUUCUUUACAGAGGUGUGGGCAGGGUUAAGGGAACCUACCAGGAAUGGGGCCCAGGGGACUCACACUUCAGAAAGCCAUUACAACCCCUAGACUCCCUCCCCCUAGAACAAGAAGAAGGAGCUGUUGCUAGAGGAGGGGGCCACCCUGCUGGAGCCACAGCCAUAGGGAGCAGAGCAAAGCCCCUGCCAGAUGGGGAAGCAGGAGAUAAAUAUUCUGCUUUUGAUCCUGCUGGUGCCUGCCCUUAGCCAAAUCCAUUAGGGAGCCAGAAGGGAAGGCACCUGAGUAACUUCACGGAGUUCAGUCCACAAGGGUCAGCCCUGCAGUAAAGGGAGCAAGGAGAGAGUGGAUUUAGGGGACAAGACAUCCAAACAGCCAUGCCUUUUGCUCCCACCAUCCACUGAUCCUUCAGAUGAAAAACUCAUGUCUCUGUUGCUUAAUGAUUACAUAAUUUCUCUUUGGGGUGAUGGAAAGUUUUGGAAAUAGAUUAUGAUGCUGGUUGCAGAACACUGUGAAGGUACAAAGUGCCACUAAUCAUUUACUUUAAAAUGGCUCAUUUCAUGUAAACUUCACCUCAGUUUUCUAAAAAUGGAAGGAAAGCUCAUCUUCAAUAGGAGAAGCACAGUCUCAUCAACCACCACCUCCUUCUCAUACUUAACCAUACUCUUGAUAUCCUCCGGUCAUACCCUUUAACUUAAAAUGUCACCCAUCACCAGGGCUCUUCCAGUAAGAUGGGGUGGUGGGUGGGUGCAGAAAACCAACAACAGAAACCCAGAAACCCACUACAGCACCCCCUUCUGCCGCUGGUCACAAGGCAUAAUUUUCCACUCAAUGGCAACCCUCUUCCACCCCCUUCUCUGUCCCUCUUACCAGCUGCUAGCUCUCUAGCUGGUUUGGUUCUUUACCUGGUGGGUAAGAGCCAUACAGUUCAGGUUCUUCUUGGUCUUAGGUUUGAAGCGUUGCCAAGUUUCCCGCAGACGGUCGUUAUUGGACAUGGGAGAUCCAAGAGGCACCCAGUACUCUGGAUUCCAAACAUAGCCUUCCUGCCCACCCCCCACUUUCCUUCUGGUAACCUAGAUCAAUCACACUAUCUGGUACAGUUGAUCCCCUCUCUGCCUUUUGAUUAGAUAACAUACAGAGCUCCAACUGGGCCAAGGGAAAACCCUACUUCCAAUCUAAAGGAACCAUUUAUGUGCUCCCUGGAGGAAGUAUUCCUCCUUUGGGCACUAAGGACUGUAGACCCACCGAACACAAAGUUGAGGGGAUGGAAAGCAAGAAUUCCUCCAGUGGGUUAUUUGGAAUAAUAUUGAGAGGAGCCACUCCCAUUGCUACCUACUCCUUGGCCCCUGGGCUUCUGCCUUCUGGCUAUGAGAGGUGGAGCCGGAUAUUGGCCACUGAUUUAAAGCACAUACUGCUUUCUACUUGUCAACCUAACCUUGCAGAGUACCUCCCAACUGGUGCUUUAACACUAUUCUAUCCAUUCAGCUGUUUCUGAGUGACAGGGUACGUUGUAAGUACAGUGCAUUAAGACCACUGCUGUUUGUCCCUCACCAUAAAAUGAAGUUAGGCAAUGUGUGACAUGGCCCAGUGAUGAGUAAGGCAUUCUGGAAAGUCCAGAGAUGAUGGUGCUGGCGGAAUCCUUGCAGGCAGGGAAGGCAAGUCGAUACCACAAAUACAUAUUUAUUACCGUGAGCUGAUAACUGUUCCCUUCGCAAAAGAAGGAGUUAGCGUAAUCAACCUGCCAAUGGGAAGCUAGCUAGCUGGUAACCCUAGAACAGUGGUUCUCAAAGGUUUGGUCUCAGAAAUCCUUUACAUUCUUAAAAAUUACUGAAAAAUUAUACUCUUAAAAAUUAAAAAGGGAUUCUUGGGGGGGGGGGCAUAUUUAUUUUCCUGGAUUAAAAAUUAAGCUUUAAAAUACUCGUUUAAAAUGAAUAAAUCUAGUGCAUGUUAAUAUAAAAUUUUGAAUGAAAACUUUUUCAAAACAAAAACUGUGAGGAGAGCAGCAUUACUUAACAUUUUUACAAAUUUCUAAAGAGAUUGGGCUUAAUACAAGACAGCUAGCUUCUCAAAUCUUCAGCAUUUAGUGUGUUGUACAUAUGUCAGGCCUCUGGAAAAUUCCACUAUACACUCAUGAAACAAUGACAGUGAAAUAAGCAAAGAAUGCCUUAGUAUUAAUAUGAAAAUAGAUUUUACCUCACAGAACUCUUGGAAGAAUUUGGGGGACCCCCAGGGGUUCCUAGUUUACACUUUGAGAACCAUUGCCCCAGGGAAUGGUGCCACAUGGGAAACUCUUGGUCUUUGCUGCUGGCAGCUUGGGCGCUCAGCAGUGCCAGCUGCCCAUUCGAUUCGGUGAGGGAAAUGAGUUGAGCCUGUGUGUAUUAGUUUUCUGUGGCUGCUGUAAAAAACUACCACAGAUUUAGUGGCUUCAAAUGACACAGAUUUAUUGUAUUACAGUUCUGGACGUCAAGAGCUUGGCAUAAGUCCCACUGGGCUGAAAUCAAGGUGUCAACAAGGCUGCAUUCCUUUCUGAAGUCUCUAGAGGAGAAUCUUUUUCUCGCUUCUAGAGGCUACCUGCAUUCCUUAGCGUGUGCCCUCCUUCCAUCUUCAAAACUAGUCACAGCCAAUCCUUUCCCACACCACACCACCCUGACACUGACUACCUCCUGCUUCCACAUUUCAAGACCCUUGUGAU